AGCUGGUCCAACAUGGCUUCCAACGAUUUCUAUCUCCGCUACUACGUCGGACACAAAGGCAAAUUCGGCCACGAAUUCCUCGAGUUUGAGUUCAGACCAGAUGGUAAGCUGCGAUAUGCAAACAACUCCAACUACAAGAAUGACACCAUGAUCAGAAAAGAGGCUUAUGUACACAAGAGUGUGCUGCAGGAGUUGAAGAGAGUCAUUGAGGACAGUGAGAUCAUGCAGGAAGACGACACACUGUGGCCACCACCAGACAGAGUAGGAAGACAGGAGCUGGAGAUAGUGUUGGGGGACGAGCACAUCUCAUUCACAACAUCCAAGAUUGGUUCCCUCAUCGAUGUCAACAACUGCAAAGACCCAGAAGGCCUCCGUGCAUUCUACUACCUGGUUCAAGACCUGAAGUGUCUGGUGUUCUCUCUCAUUGGCCUCCACUUCAAGAUUAAACCCAUCUAGGCUGUUUCAUGUCUUGUACUUAGUAGUGUGUAGCAUCAGAUCUAGUCUUAUAAGGUAAAGUGAGUCUGUAGGAUUUUUGUAAUUUCCUUUGAGCUGAAGAUUACUUUUUUCUCAGCAAUCUAAGCGUUGAUCAAGUUGCAUAUGUACAACCUGACCUGUGCCUAUUAAAACCUUGCAUUACCAACAAGAUAGGUAUAUAUAACAGUGGCCAUUAGGAACAAAUAUCCUACAAACUGUAAAUGGUAUCCUGUGAAACCUGAUUAUCCAUAGCCAGUCUGUAAAGCAGUCUGUACAUUGGGCUUUUUUAUUUUAUGGAGUUGUUUUAUUUGUUAGGGGACGGUAUUUAAAGGGAAAAGAAGUUUGAUAGGCAGACAGGGAUGUUUCAAAUCAGAUUGGACUGCCAUGUUAGCUUACAACAGUGUAAUGAUUUAGAACGUCUUCAAUUCCAUGCACAUGUAUUUGAAGUAAAGACUCUGGCAAAGAAAUCAAUGUACCUGGUAAUUUGGAAAUACACUGUAUAACCUUUUACAUCUUCAGUUUUUGUUAUGCAGAAAACAAAAUGCACAUGUAGGUCAUUGUUAUCAGUAUUGUCUGCACAGUAGUCAAUACUGAAUAUAUUCCUCCUCUUUUCGAAAGGUUUUUCUACAACCACAAAAGCAUUUGAAAGGAACAGGAUGCCUUUCCUAUUGGAAGUUUUUCACAUUGUGUAGGAUUUUAUAGAUAGUCUUGUAUUGAGAUGAAAAAGUGUAUGUAUACAUGUAUACACCGGUUUACCAUGUGCAAAAUAAACAUCAUUCCUUCACU